GUCGGUUCUUGGCGCCUCUUUGGUCCUCUGGUUUCGUUGUGUGUGACCAGGUCACCUCGCUUCUCGGCUCAGAAUCACAGAGUGCACUUAAUUAGGCCCCUGUCUCCGAGCCGGGCGAGUUUGUGGGCCGGUAUCUCACGAGGCCUAGCUCUCCGAGGACCCGUCAGGCUUCCCGGCGCCCACGAAGUAACUUUUCCCCCCCUUUAUCUGUAGAGCUUGGAGACCAGAGACCUUAUCCUCACUCGAUCUGGUUCUGCUCCCCUCUCUGCGUGGCCUCCGAAGUCAAGAAGGAGUCCUGCCUUUGGUUACCCAACACUGGCCCCAUGGCUUCCAUGCAGAUGGAUCCUGAGUUAGCCAAGCAACUCUUCUUUGAAGGAGCCACUGUGGUCAUUCUGAACAUGCCCAAGGGGACAGAGUUUGGCAUUGACUACAACUCCUGGGAGGUGGGGCCCAAGUUCCGGGGUGUGAAGAUGAUCCCUCCUGGCAUCCACUUCCUCCACUACAGCUCUGUGGACAAGGCCAAUCCCAGGGAGGUGGGCCCUCGGAUGGGCUUCUUUCUUAGCCUGAAGCAGCGGGGGCUGACAGUCCUGCGCUGGAAUGCGGUUCAGGAAGAGGUAGACUUGUCUCCAGCUCCAGAGGCUGAAGUGGAAGCUAUGAGAGCCAAUCUCCCUGAGCUAGACCAGUUUCUGGGACCUUACCCAUAUGCUACACUCAAGAAAUGGAUCUCACUCACCAACUUCAUCAGUGAGGCCACCAUGGAGAAGCUGCAGCCUGAGAGCCGGCAGAUCUGCGCCUUCUCGGAUGUCCUGCCUGUGCUUUCCAUGAAGCACACCAAGGACAGAGUGGAGCAGAACCUACCCCUCUGUGGUACUGAGUGCAAAAGCUACCAAGAAGGCUUAGCCCGGCUGCCUGAGAUGAAGCCCAGGGCUGGGACAGAGAUCCGCUUCUCAGAGUUGCCCACUCAGAUGUUCCCAGCAGGUGCCACACCAGCAGAGAUCACCAGGCACAGCAUGGACUUGAGCUAUGCCCUCGAGACUGUGCUCAGCAAGCAGUUCCCUUGCAACCCCCAGGAUGUACUUGGUGAGCUCCAGUUUGCCUUCGUGUGCUUCCUGCUGGGCAAUGUGUAUGAGGCGUUCGAGCACUGGAAGCGGCUCCUGAACCUCCUGUGUCGGUCAGAAGCAGCCAUGGUGAAGCACCACACGCUCUACGUCAGCCUCAUCUCCAUCCUGUACCACCAGCUUGGUGAGAUCCCUGCCGACUUCUUUGUGGACAUUGUCUCCCAGGACAACUUCCUCACCAGCACCUUACAGGUUUUCUUUUCCUCUGCCUGCAGUGUGGCUGUGGAUGCCACCCUGAGGAAGAAGGCGGAGAAGUUCCAAGCCCACCUGACGAAGAAGUUCCGAUGGGACUUUGCUUCGGAGCCCGAGGACUGUGCCCCGGUGGUGGUGGAGCUCCCUGAGGGCAUCGAGACUGGCUAACUGCAAAUCCUGAAGCCAGGGAGCCCCCUUCCCAUGUGGCUACUACCCAUUUUCUCUGCUCAUCCAUCUGUCCUGGGACCCUCCAGCAUAGUGAUCCAGUCAGGGCCUGCAAAGGCGGAGCCAGGCCCCCUCUUCACCAGUAAAUACAUUCCUUUGCUGAAAAGCGGAGCAUUUGUGGUUCCCUUGAUCCUGGCCCUGGUGCUUAAUUUCAGAAAAAGGCCCUUUCAGAAGGUCCAGGUGAAACCUGUCCCAGCAACAGUCGAAUUCCUUCUGGCAAUGAGAAAAUGAACCUUCAGUCUAAAAGACUAGCUGCUUAUUCUGUACCUGGUUCAAAGAAGAAAGAAGAGACCCGGUCCGUCCCUGGUGUUAGUGGGUGAAUUUCUAAGUUAAAUGUAGGUUUGAAGUUGAAUGUGGUUGUACAGGAUUUCUGCCUGCUCCUUGUUGAAUGGAAGGAAGCCUGCCAGGAACUGGGUCUCAGCUCUCAGGAGCCCAGCCUGAGGAAGGCUGACAGGAAGACGGCGCACUGAGUCUGACAAUGCUCAACUUCAGCAUCCUCUCCCGAGGCCCCUCCUGUCUGGAAGCCCCAGGGGUUGGUGUCCCAGAACUGGCCUCUGGUCUGGGGCUUCCGUUUUGAAGCCUCACACUCUCGGGUGGGACACGGAAGCCUUCCUUCCACAUGUCCCCACUUUUCACUGAGGCCACUGUGACUUUUUCUGAUGACAUGGAAAUUCAACAGCAAAAGGGAAGGUUCUUAUCCCAAGCCCGUCUCUCAGGCCCUGUUAGAGGUGGGCCUUUCCUUUAGAGCCCUGGAGAUGCCGGCUGGCGGAACUUCCCAGCCCUGCUGAGGGGCUGCCCUCGGUGCUGUCGCCUUUCUGGGUUCGGGAGUCUCGAGGGCACCCCCGUUGUGCUGUGUGGGCAGAGUUCUGCCUCAAGAAGGGCCCCCAGGCCCUCCACCCUGACCUCAGGCCAUUUGCUGUGCUCUGGCCUCCCGGUGCCAUCCUCUUCUGGGGCUCAAGCUCCCAGCAGGACGCGGAAUGAGAGUCUGUUGGUGCCUCUUGUUUCCUUGGAGAUUUUUUCCAAGAGCAGAAUGUACAUUAAAGUCUUUGAGUUGGGACUAA